AUGGACGUCAAGGCGGUCCGCUUUCUGUACAUGCAGCGCUGUAAAGAGAUCCGCGCUCAGCUGGUGGAGCAGCUCAAGUGCCUGGACCAACAGUGCGAGCUCCGGGUCCAGCUGCUCCAGGACCUCCAGGACUUCUUCAGGAAAAAGGCCGAGAUCGAGACGGACUACAGCCGCAACCUGGAGAAGCUGUCGGAGAGGUUUCUGACCAAGACUCGCAGCACCAAGGACCAUCUGCUCAAGAAAGAGCAGAGCAUCCUGUCUCCGCAGAACUGCUGGAACCUUCUCCUGCUGCAGGUGAAGCGAGAGAGCAGAGACCACGCCACGCUGUCCGACCUCUACCUCAACAACAUCAUCCCACGCUUCGCACAGGUCAGCGAGGACUCGGGACGCCUCUUCAAGAAGAGCAAAGAAGUGGGCAUCCAGCUGCAGGAAGACCUCAUGAAAGUCAUGAAUGAACUGUACACGGUGAUGAAGACCUACCACAUGUACAACACAGACAGCAUGAACGCCGAGUCGAAGCUGAAGGAGGCGGAGAAGCAGGAGGAGAAGCAGAUGGGCCGAUCAGACCGACAGACCCCGCGCUCCCCGGACACACUGUCCUCCAUCAAGUCUGAGGACAAACCAGUGCGCCGCUCCAGCGUCAAGAAGAUCGAGAAGAUGAAGGAGAAGCGUCAGGCCAAAUACACAGAGAACAAACUGAAGGCGAUUAAAGCCCGGAACGAGUAUCUCCUGGCUCUGGAGGCCACCAACAGCUGCGUGUUCAAGUACUACAUCCACGACCUCGCUGACAUCAUCGACUGCUGUGACCUGGGAUACCACGCCAGCCUGCAGAGGGCGCUGCGGACGUACCUGUCGGCCGAACAGAACGUGGAGACGUCGAAGCACACGGGGCUGGAGUCACUAGAGGGCGCCGCUGAGAGCCUGGAGCCCAACGGAGACAAACAGAAACUGAUGGAGACCUACAACAACGUGUUCUGUCCUCCCGCCAAGUUCGACUUCCAAUCGCACAUGGGAGACUCGGUGGGGGUGGUGUGUGCCCAGCAGCCUCUGGAGAGCGAGCUGCUGCAGAGGUGUCAGCAGCUGCAGAGCCGACUCUCCACGCUGCAGAUCGAAAAUGACGAGGUGAAGAAGACGAUGGAGGCCACGCUGUCCACCAUCCAGGACAUGGUGACGGUGGAGGACUUCGACGUGUCCGAGUGCUUCCACCACAGCAACAGCAUGGAGUCCGUCAAGUCCUCCUUCAGCGAAUCAUACCUCAGCAAACCCAGCCUCGCCAAGAGACGGGCCAAUCAGCAGGAGACCGAGCAGUUCUACUUCACCAAGCUGAAAGAGUUUCUGGAGGGCAGGAACCUGAUCACUAAACUCCAGGCCAAACACGACCUCAUCAACAAAACCCUGGGAGAAAGUCAAAAGACGGACUGUUGCGUUGCCAGUGGACGGAGGAACUCAGCUCUUCGAAAACAGGACUCCGGUGAGGCCAUUCCUCUGAUGGUGGAGAGCUGCAUCCGCUUCAUCAGUCGUCAUGGUCUGCAGCACGAAGGCAUCUUCCGAGUGUCCGGGUCCCAGGUGGAGGUCAACGACAUCAAGAACUCCUUUGAAAGAGGUGAGGACCCUCUGGCCGGGGAUCAGAACGACCACGACAUGGACUCUAUCGCCGGAGUUCUGAAGCUGUAUUUCCGAGGCCUGGACACGGCGCUGUUUCCAAAGGAAGUCUUCCAUGACCUCAUCUCCUGCGUCUCCAUGGAGAGUCUGCAGGAGCGAGCGGUCCACAUCAAGAAGGUGCUGCAGCCUCUGCCGAGCAAAACUCUGAUCAUCAUGAGAUAUCUGUUCGCCUUCUUAAACCACCUGUCCCAGUACAGCGAGGACAACAUGAUGGACCCGUAUAACCUGGCCAUCUGCUUUGGUCCCACGCUCAUGUCGGUCCCUGAAGGCAACGAUCAGGUGUCGUGUCAGGCCCACGUGAACGAGCUCAUCAAAACCAUCAUCAUCCACCACAGCGACAUCUUCCCUUCCGCCCAGCACCUGCAGGGGGCGGUCUACAACAUCCCCGGCACUGGAGACCACUUCUGCGAUAGUCCACACUGUGUGCCUCCUCUGGUGGAAGAACCGGCUCCUGAAAUGACCAGUGAUGACGGCUCGUUGGCCGUUUCAGACGGUGAUCCGUUCGAGGCCGUGGCGCGGUUCGACUACACCGGACGGACCAAUCAGGAGCUGACGUUUAAAAAGGGCGAUCGUCUGCUGAUGUACCGCCGUGCGUCCAGAGACUGGUGGGAGGGACGCCACAACGGCAAGGACGGGCUCGCACCGCAUCAGUACCUCAUCCUCCCAGAUAUGGGCGACGGCGGCAGGGGAAGUCCUAAACUUGAUCCUGACAUGAAAGAGCUGCUGGAGGAGCGAGUGUCCACCAGGGGGAGUGCUGCCUCACCCACCGGAGCGCACGUGGCUGAUAUUUAUCUGGCCAACCUCAACAAAAUGCGCAAACAUCCGGAGUCGAUGAGCGUCAGGAGGAGCUUCCGGGCCUCGGACAGCGACGCGCCUCCCAGUGCAGGGGUCAGGACUACAUCUCUGCCUGUAGGGGGCGCUAUGGUGAAGGAGAGUCCAGACAAGAGGCCAGUGAGCGCCCACAGCAUCCUCAACUCUGUGACCCGACACUCCUCCCUCAAGAGCAAGGUGGAGAGCCCACAGCUGCGUAAAUCGACCCCAGCGGGACGCUCUAAAAGCUUCAGUAACCACAGACCACUGGACCCAGAGGUGAUCGCUCAAGUGGACCACAGUUCACAGGACAUCGAGGCGGCCAUGAGCAGUGCGCUGAGUGAGCUGCGGGAGCUGGAGCGUCAGAGCUCGUCCAAACACACGCCUGACGUGGUUCUGGACACUCUGGAGCAGCUGAAGGGCGGGGGCGGGGCCUCGGAGCCCUCCAGCCCACUGCACUCCAGGCUGAGGGACGCUGAGGGCUCCCACCACGCUCACCCCCUCCAGCGGAGCGCCUCCUCUGCCAGCGACGUGCCCUCCUCCUUCAGGGCCAAACCCCGCAGCCCCCUGCCCUCCGCCUCGCCCUCGCUCUCCUUCUCCGCCCUCUCCACCUCCGUGCCCUCCUUCAGGGAGCUGCGUCCUCCCGCCACACGCCCCAAACCGGUGGUGUUCCCCAAAGGCACCGGGGGCAGUGGGAGUCCGGCCAUGGGCUCUCCCACCUCCACCGUGCCCCCUGCAGCUCCUCCCCCUCUGUCCCACACACCUCCUCCCCCUCCUCCCCCGCAGGCCAACGACAAGUCAUCACGCCGCCAAACAACCACUAACUCUCGGCUUUGGUGGAGGGAAAAACAACCAGGAGAUCCGCCUUCACCUGCGGCUGCUGCGCGGGUCCUGGUCCCGGUGUGGAGCCAGGUAAGGCACCGGAGACUGUGGAUACUACGAGCUGCUUCAAAGAUGGCGGCGAUAACAGCGAGCACGACCAACUACCUGUGGUCUAUGCAGGACAUCCUGGGACACGGGGCCACAGCCAGCGUCUACAAGGCCCGCCACAAGCGGAGCGGGGAGCUGGUGGCUGUCAAAGUCUUUAACGUGGUCAGCUACAACCGUCCACACGAGGUCCAGAUGAGGGAGUUCGAAAUGCUGCGAAAGCUCAACCACAACAACAUCAUCCGACUGCACGCGGUGGAGGAUCUGCCGUCGAAGCAGAAGGUGCUGGUGAUGGAGUACUGCCCUGGAGGGAGCCUGCUUAGCGUGCUGGAGGACCCUGAGAACGCCUUUGGUUUGGAUGAAGCUGAGUUCCUCACUGUGCUGCAGUGUGUCGUCCAGGGCAUGAACCACCUGCGGGAGAACGGCGUGGUGCACCGGGACAUAAAGCCGGGGAACAUCAUCCGUCAGGUGGGAGACGACGGCCGCUCCGUUUACAAACUCACAGACUUCGGAGCAGCGCGAGAACUCGAGGACAACGAGAAAUUCAUGUCCAUUUACGGCACAGAGGAAUAUCUGCACCCGGACAUGUACGAGCGCGCCGUCCUCCGAAAGCCUCAUCAGAAAUCCUACGGCGUGAACGUGGAUCUGUGGAGCAUCGGCGUCACCUUCUACCACGCCGCCACCGGGACCCUGCCCUUCAUGCCCUUUGGAGGCCCACGCAGGAACAAGCCCACGAUGUACAAAAUCACCACCGAGAAGCCGACAGGAGCCAUCGCUGGAAUGCAGAGAGCAGACGGAGGAGCCAUCGAUUGGAGCUACAAGCUUCCACACAGCUGCAGACUCUCACAGGGUCUGCGGGUGCUGCUGGUUCCGGUCUUGGCCGGAGUGUUGGAGGCGGAUCAGGACAAGUGCUGGGGCUUUGACCAGUUCUUUGCCGCGACCACAAACAUCCUGCAGAGACUCCCCGUGCACCUGUUCUCUCUGCAGCAGGCCUCCGAGCACUGCAUCUACGUGCACCACUACAGCGCAGUCUCCGUGUUCCUGGAGGAGGUGAGCUCUCACACCGGACUCCCACAGCAGCCGCUGCUCCUUCUGCACCUGGGCCACGAGCUGCUGCUGGAGGGAAACAUGAAGGUGGUCAACCUGCCCCACACGUCCCCACAGCGCCCCCUACUGCUGCUCAGCUUCAACCCCGACAGCAGCUGCAGCCUGCCGUACAGAGAGCCUGAGUGUCCAAUUACACCAGCCAAAUUUGAUGUUGUCGCAGACUACAAUUUUACAAAGGUGAUAGUUGGCGUUGUUCACCAAUAUCUCCGAAUGGCCAAAAUGUUGCACUUACACCGAGACCUGCUGUUACAAGGAUACUACUGCUACAUUAUGAAGCUGCGUGGCGAGUGCAGAGAGGCCAUGAACAGCAUUUCAAAGAUCUCCUUAAGACUUCAGUCCUGUUUUAAUGUCGAGCAGAGAAUCCACAAUCUUGGCUCGAGUGUCGACUCCACCGACUCCAGUCAAAAGCUUCACCAGGUCCAUGAACAUUUGCCCAUUUAUUCGUCGGGGAUCCAGGAGUUCCAAGACCGACUGGACCAUCUGCUCAUCGAACAGGCCAAGCUCUCCGAGACCCUGGACCACGACAAGAGUGUUCAGAGAAUGGAGACGCUGCUGCAGAAGAUCCUAGCGGUGCAUCAACAGUACAGGAAGGACCGGAUGAUCGGAAAGCUGCCGUAUAAUGACGAGCAGAUCCACAAGUUUGAAAAAAUCCACCUGGCCUCCGACAUCAAGAAGGUGAAGUCUCUGUUCAGGGGCGACUGUGUUCUGAAGUACAGAGAGCUGCAGGCGGCCUCGCACACGUGGAGCAGCGUUCUUCAGCAGAUGCAGAUCCGGCUGCAGGACUUCCACUCCUUUUCCUCUGGACUUUUGGGCGAUCUGGAGAUGUCCGAGAAGAGACAAUACAAGACUUUAGACUCCUCCAUUUACUCGCUCCAGUCAGAGAAGUCACUGCAUCUGUCGGGAAUCACACCCAAGGACAAGGACCAGAUGGUGUCCAGGAUGCACCAGCUCAAGGAGGAGAUGGAGAUUUUGGUCCGAGAACUGCAGUGUAACAACAACAUGAUAGAAAGUUUGGGAGCCAUCAACUCCCCCGGCCCCGACGCCAGACCCUCCACUCUCUGA